UUUUGUGUGCUCCACAAGCCAAGUAUCAUCAAUUCCAACCAAAACCCAUCUCUUUUUUUGUGUUCUUAGUUCAUAUAAGCUUCAAAGUUCCAAUCUUUUUCACAAUUUGUUCAUACCCAAAUCUCAAUCUUUUCCUUACUCUGUUUUACAAUUUUGAUACUCCAAAACAAUGUCGUCGAGUAUCUACCAAGCCUUGCAAUCAUGUCUUGAGCCUCGCCGAAUCGAACCACGUGUUCUAAGACUCAAAUUAACUCCCUCCAAAUCCAUCUCUUCCCCGCCGCCGGCGGAAGAAGAUUCCGAUCUCUCUGCAACUCAUUCUGACCCACCAAUCGAAACCCAUCUAGAAAUGGAAGAGAAUGACACCGCCGUCAUCGUCGCCGACGCCGAAGCUUCUCCGGCGGCCUCAAAUGGCAUUGGGAGUGUUGUUGGUGGGUGGAGUAUUCUCCAAGCUCUGUCGGGUCUGGAUGGCCGUCCUCCGGCGAAGCAAUAUUCUCCGACGAUGGCCCUCAGCUGGAAGAGCCUCGAAAUGUGCACCGAGAGUUUGGGCAGUGAAACCGGCAACGAUGGCAGCGACGAGAAGAUGACUCUGUUUUCAUCCGAAACAGAGGUGUCGCCGUCGUCUGUCUCCGGCGAAAAAUCAGUGCAGUUUUCAAGGCUUCGAGCGAAGAAAAUGGCCAAACCGAGUUAUCCUCCGCCGUUGAUGUCGAUGAGCGGGCCGAUCGGCGUUAAGGUGAAGCCUUAUCGGGAAGGUGGGCGGCUGGUGUUGAAAGCGGUGUCGAUUCCAUCGGCGCAGCCAUGUUUCGAGGUGGAGCGCAGCAGGGGAAGCCUGAGGCUGCGGUGGCUGAAGCGUUCUGAUAAUUUAGAAGAGGCGGAGGAGAAGGGAGAGAGUGAGGAGGAGAGCAGUGAGAGCGGCGGACGGCGGCGGAAGGGGCGGCGGUGCAAGGAAGGUGGCGGAGGAGGGAGAAAAGAAUUGGUGAAUUGGGAGCCAUUUUUGGUGUCCACUUGAACAUCUUUAUUCUUUUAUUCUCUCUCUCAUUCUGACUAUGAUGCCUCUUAUGAUACAUUUUGUACGUUUAUUUUAAAAU